AUUGUACUACAUUCUUCUUAGCUGUCUCCCCACAACAUAACUUUGUAUCCAGCAUCAGUUUUUCUUCAAAGGACCAGAAAGUCUGUAUUGUAUUAUCAAAUAGUUGAUAUGUGUUUAAUGUACUUUUUUAAAGUGAAUCCCCAAAAGACUGGAAUGAUUAAACUGAAGUUACUUGUACACCGUUAAUUCAGCCCCCUGUAAAUAUUUAUUACAAUAUGGUACUAAACGUUAUGAUUGCAUAUUCUUUUUGUGGGCCCCUGCCUUGUUCAUUGUGCAGGUUGUACUCUGCACUGUGAAGGCCUAAUUCUGCUACUCUUACUCAUGUUGAGUAAUACCAUAUGACUUAAGCAUUGAUCUUAGUGAGUAAGAGUAGCAGAAUUGGACCCUGUGCAAAAGGUAUGUGACAUUUAUAUUUAAAUAGCUCACUGAAACAAGUGAAGUCAGGCUGUGUGUUUAUACAGUUGCUAUGUCUGUUGAUGCAACACUUACUUCCUCAAUGGCACUAAAACUUAUUCAAAUACUUUAAACUAAAUAACUUGUAGAUAUGAGCUUACUGUGUUGUUUUGAUCCUCUGCAAUGAGUUCACUCUUGCCUUAUUCCGUGUGCACCAGAGACCAAAUUUUGCUCCGUUACUUCAGUGUAAAUUUAAAACAUGGAAUUCAGCUUUACUUUGUAGCAGUGUUGACUGAUGAAGUGUCCGCAUAUAGAACCAGAAGACAAAGGGCCAGCAAAAAUUACAACAGUCAGACACACUUGACAGAAGGGAGUGAAAGUGCAGUUGGCAUAGCAGAUGUAUCGUCUUUGCUUCGACCAAGAAUAAGAGAGAGUCGACAGACAGAAUAUAGGCUCUCCAGUGCAAAAAGAGAUUUCAAAAGGAAUGAGUCAGAUGAUGGGGAGGAGGAGGAGGAGGAAGAUGAAGAGGAUGCUGAUGGUUACAGUGACAAUGAUGGGGAAAAUUAUAAGAAGACUAAUGUGUAUCAACCGCCAAGAGAUAAUGGAAGUGAUGUUUUGCAGCCGUCCCUCCUUCUCUCAAAGGAUACCCCAACAGUUGUACAAAAACAACCAGUGUUUAACCAGAAGAUGACAUUCAGGAGAUCAAGUGAAGCUGAAUCUCAAGUUCAACCCAAUAUGCUGAAGCAUUCGCAGCCUGCAGCCAAAAAGCCUGUUGGACAGUCCAGUGCAGGAUGUUUUAGGAUGUGCAUUUUGGUGUUAGCAGUAGCUUCUAUUACUAUUGUAUGGCAUGUCUGGAAGAAUCAAUCCUCCAAGACUUUGCCGAGGGAAGAAAUCAAAGUUGUGCAAGCAUUUGCGACCCAGAUGAAGAAACUUAAGAAUGUCUAUCCAAAUCAGGACCCAAGACUGUGGGAGAGAAUCCAAAUGUUCCUUGAGAAACGACUCAAUACCACCCAUCCUCACUCACAGCCUGCCAUCUUACUGCUCACAGCUGCUCAAGAAGCAGAAAAAUCUCUAAAGUGCUUAAGUAACCAGAUUGCUGAAGCUUAUUCCUCCUCCCUGAGUGCUGCCACAAUCAAGAUUGAUGGGGCUGGAAAAGCCACGCUGGAUAGCGACAAUGUCAAGCUGGAGGUAGAUAAUGAGCUAAGCUCUGGGUUCAAGGAAGGUAAAAAAGCAGCUGUGGUGCAUCGAUUUGAGUCUCUGCCUGCAGGCUCCACUUUGAUCUUCUACAAGUACUGUGACCAUGAAAAUGCAGCAUUUAAGGAUGUAACUCUUCUGCUAACUGUCCUUCUGGAUGAAGAGUCGCUGGGAAAGAACCUCAGCCUGCUGGAUGUUGAGGAGAAAGUGCGGGAUUUUCUCUGGGCCAAAUUCACCAAUUCAGACACUCCCAGCUCCUAUAAUCACAUGGACACAGAUAAGCUGAGUGGACUGUGGAGCCGCAUAUCCCACCUGGUCCUGCCUGUUUGGCCUGAAAAUGCUCUCCCUAAGGAGGGCUGCUUACAGAUGAAUUAAAUCUGAGACAUGGAAGGACAGAAAAUCGUGUUGUGCUGCCUGGGCAGCGCAGAAGUUAACUGCGGAGCUGAGGCAGCACAUGCUAUCCUCUCUGCAGAGCAAGGACUGGUGGGGUUAUUGCAUUUAAGGGAACUGGAGCUCUCUCUAGACAAUUGGAGAGCGUAAGUAUGGAGCACAGCUCUUAGGUUGGUCUCUCCUUAGUAACUUAUUGGGCCUAGUGCUCUGUAGGUAAAAAUGUCUUGCCCCAUUGUAGAGCCAUUCCUCUGUAUGUAAAGCUGGUCUUGUGUGCAGUAGACAAGCGUCUCUCUGAAACUUUUUUAGCAGUAGGUAGUACUGCCAUUGGGUAUGGCAAGAUAAUGGGAUCUAGCGGAUUCCACAGACUCAUCUCCAGUCUCCUCUACCUACUUCCAAUCUACCAGAAUUACAUUCCCCUCUAUUCUCAGAGGCUUAAUUUUAUUUAUUGGAGGUGGAGAUGGGGCUACAUGUAUCCAACCAUUGGCUUUCUUUCUCCAGCUGACCAUGGCCUUGGGUAUAAGUUGCCUCUUCAUGUUUCCUAGACUGGCUGAAUUGUAUAGAUGAUCUGGUUCAGGAGAGACUACUCAAAGCUGUUUUUGUUCUGUUUAGAUGAGCCUUCCUCCCCUCCCCCCAGUUUUGGAGGCUGGGGUGAAUGAGGUGCAAGUGAUUGCUCUGGACGUUAACACAUCAGUUAACAAAAUAACCCCUUAGUGCAUCUGCUCCCCAGAGCACCCAGGAAUCCUUUGUUCUGCAUCAAGUUUUAAGACUUACAAAUCUCAAGGAGGAAAUGUUAAAUGCUGUUCCAGUGUGUCCUAAAAAGGCCUCAUCAAACCCUUCUCAAAGGCCUAAGAUGUGUACGUUCUGAAUAGAUUAUUUUGGCUAGGUCCAAAGGUUUUAUUUGAAGAGUAUUUUUACAUCGAGAGGAUUUGUUUUAUUACUGUUGUAACCCUUGUCCCAAAUGACUCCCCAUUUGUCUGCAUAAAACCUGCUCCUUCCUACGUAAAUUUUAAGAAAAACAGACUUGAUAUGCAUGUUGACCAUAUUUUGAGUGCCUCAUGCCAAAAAUCCCUAAAAUUUACCACCGAUUAAAAAUCAUGUAUGUAUUUCUAUACCCACAGAAGAAUUGUCGUUCUUUCAUGCCUCUCUGCUGCCUAGUAUCUCAUCUUGGGUGUGUCUUGUUCCAGAUCCAUUCAGCUUUCUUGGAUUUGAAGGAGACACUGCUCAAAUUUAAGAUGCAUUUUCUUAUAAUAGCAGCCAGAUUGAUGGCACUCUAACACAUCCAUUACUCAAACUUCCCUUCUGUCUUGCUAUAAAGUCCUUAAAAAGGACUUAUCUGUAGGGGGUGAAAGGGCAGCUAAGUCCCCAUGCUGAGACUACCAGAAAAGACUCUCUUUUGUGAUCUGAAAUGGGCUGGAUUAAUGACUGGUGCAAGAAAACUCCAUAGACUUGGAGCUGUGACCACUUAUGCCAGUGGUGGAUUUGGCCCUUCUUUGAGAGCUGGAAACAGAUCACUAAUUUGUUUUGUGUAGAGGUAUUUAUACAGCAGAGAGACAUGGAAGUGUUGCCAUUUUGUAUAUGUAAGAACAGUUCAUGAAGAAAAGAGUUUUAAAUGUUAAAAACACUUCAUUGGACAAGUGUUUUUUAAAAUUGUAUGUUACUUUAUUAGUUGAAAAUGGCCAAUGAUUUGUAAAUAAUUUAAAGAAACUAUUUUAGUAACCAUUAGAAAUAAAUUUACCUGUUUUAUAACCUGUUCUAAGACUGCUGAUAGAAUUUUAAGAUGUGGUCAACUUUUUUUUUUUUUAAUACAGGCCAGCAUUUUCAAAUGUAGUUACCUCUGAAAAUCAGUCCACUUUGAUUUAGGUACUUGAAUGUAAACUUAGGUGCCUAAUUUUGGGCACCUAAACUUGACAACUUUGGCCAACGUCCUUGAAUUAUAUGCAAGUCCAGACAGAGCUGCUUGGAGAGGCGGAGGCUGGUCUACAGAGACACACCCCCCCCCCCACCAUCUGAGCUGUUAUAUAAAAUUCAUGAAAAUAAUCUUUGGCUAGCUGGGAGAAAGCUGCAUCACAUUCAUGUAGAUUGGGAAUGUCGCUGAGAACUUCUAAACUGGUGUUCUUGCAUCAAUUCUUACUAGGGACUCUGAAUCGGACAUAUUUAUUCUGAGUUGUAAACACGUUUGUCUGAGAUUUUUAACCUUGUUAACUGUCCUUUUCACCUCACCCAGACAGUAUGCAUUCAGGCUGAAAACAAGAAGUUGUUACCUGUAAUUGCAGUUUUUUUCAAGAUUGAGGGAAGAAUGAUGCAGUGUCUACUCUGCCACCUUGCAGACUACACUUCAGUUUCCAGUCUUUUUAGUAAUUGGUAUGAUGGAAGUAAUUCACAAGUGAUUUCUUACCUGUCUCAGCAUUUCCACGGAGGCCCAAGAGCUAGAAAACGGAAUAAUGCCCGCCAUUUAUAGGGCAUGUCACUGGAGGAUAUCAACAUGCUUUACAAGCAUUAAUUCAUUAAACUUCAUUCCACCAAGCAAUUAUACUUUUUUUCUUCUUACUUCAUGUACAUUUGAUGCUUGUGAAGUAUCAGUGACAGCCCUGGAGGUGGAGGUUCUCUUUUGUAUCACAGAAUAGUUACAGCACAGACCUCAGAAGUUCAGGUUUAUCUACAUUGUUCCAAGGUGCCCCAGCCAUGCACUGGAGAAAACACCCUUAGCUAGUGUAGUCUCCAUGACCAUCCUUGUCCUCUGUGAGACUGCAUCUGGGAGACUAAUGAGACUGUUGGACCAGGAAUACUAGUCCUAAUAGGCCACUGAACAGCUGUUGGAAUAAUCCCAUGAUCACAAUCAGUACAGAGCAGGCUUCAGUUUGUGACUUGGAGAUGAAAAGCUCUGUUCGUCUACCAAUAAUUACUUGAGCCACCCAGUUCCCUCAGAAGGGAGCUGAUUCUGAAGAGCUGAGUGUUUAGAAGAGCAAUUUUUUUCUGUCUCUGAAAGGGUAAAACGAAACUGGUUUAGUACAUACCUCUCUUACUCACUGAAGAUGUAAUGGAAUAUCAGAUAUUCUUUGGCUAGCUGGGAUAAAGCAGCAUCAUGUUACAUGUAUGUAAAAUGGAAUAUAGUUCCAGAUGUAGACUGCCGCUCUUAUCUCAGGGUGGGGAAAUAAAUGUAAAAGAGAAAAU